AUGCCGCGGGAGGAUGCCGCCGAGAUACGCUCGAUAGAUCAGGAGUUAGAGGGAGAAGAUCGAGUCGGAUGGAACGAGAAGCAAACCCGCGAAGAGAAGGCAAAGAGGAACGGAGAAAGGGCCAAUGGGGAGAACCAAACCGACCUGUCUGAGUCAACCGGUCUAACCACAUGUUUGCCUGCAAGUCGCUAUGCAACCGGAUGGAGUUCGCUCAGAACCAAAACUCUACCUAAAAAACCGAAGACUAUUUACACCUGCUCCUCUUGCCAUUAUACAAGUAAUCGACAAUACAACGUAAAGCGCCACGAGGAGAGGAUCCAUUUGGAUUUGCACGUGUACAGAUGUUGCAAGAUGAUGUUUUUCACUAAAGGAGAUUAUUAUAUCCAUUGCGAGCAAUUGCAUCCGGAGAAAAGAAUGCACGCGGUCACGUCGCGAACCAAAUACAAGAUAACCACCGAAACGGUGGCAUCGAUCAAUCAGAAUUUCACCAAAGCUAUCGAUAAACUGAAUGAAAAUCCGUACAAUUUGCGAUCGAAGACAAACUUAGCGAGAAUAAUGCCUGCUAGCAAAGAUAUAGAAGUGAAGUCAAAUGUAAACCUAAAGUAUUCGAUUACUUACACCAGCAUCGACAUAGAGAAUAUACCGUUGAUAAAUUUACUCAGCAAUCACCGACGGAUAUCCUACCUGAAGAGAUCCUGCCCAUCGAAGUUGGCAAACAAAACUGACAACAUAUCGAAGAAGAAGGCGAAGCAGACUGUAAAGAUUGCUUUCUCGACCAAGGAAAGCAUGGAAAAGACGACGUCUGAAAAUGGCGUGGAAAACAUUCGCAAGAAAGUUUCCAAUUCCUCGUCCUUCUCGGUCGAAUUGCCGACGAAGAAACUUAUUUUAAAAAGAUUUAGGACAAGCUUGAUGGGUGAAUUCCAGUUGCCAAUGCAGGACCAAAAUAAUAAUAUAUGCAGCCAAAUGCAUUUCGUCGGUGAGCAGACGAAAGAAAUUGUUUCGAUGAAAGAAACUCAAUCGAAAAAUUCGAAUCGCUCGGCUAGGAAGAACAAAGAAAAUGUGCCGACGUUUAGGAUCAGUAUGGAAAAAGAAGAGUUACACAUUAAUGUCGAUAGUAGAAUAACUGCACCAAUGGCGGCUCAACUGCAGCGAGAUUAUUUAGCUCCGAUGGACUUUGAAAAGUACAAAAUAUUUUAA